AUGACUGCGUGGACGGAGGAGGUGCUGUCAUGGCGGGACGAGCUCGGCAUCACCGAGCUACACACGAACAGGAGGAAGAAUAGGACCGCGCCGUACAGACUGCACCGGCCGCACCUCGCGAGCCACGUGCCGGAGCCUGAAGUCCAAGGGACGCAUAUAUCGAGGCUGUACCCGGAACUGCUCGCUUUGAUCUUCGAGAGGUUACCGGUGAGGGACAGAGGUAGGGCGGCUCAAGUGUGUCGUUCGUGGAGGGACGCGGCGGAUAGGCGGUCCGUGUGGCGAGGAGUAGAGGCCGCCUUACAUCUCCGCAGACCGGCGCCUGUUCUGUUCGCGUCGCUAGCCAGGCGAGGAGUGAGGAGGUUACAAGUUCUGUCGCUCAGACGAGGACUGAGAGACGCGGUGGCAGCUCUGCCCGGCUUGGAGUCACUAUCAUUGAGUGGUUGUUAUAGUGUUACGGACGCGGCGUUGGCUAGCGCCUUCGCUACAGAGUUACCGGCUCUUAAACGUUUAGAUCUGUCUCUGUGUAAACAAGUUACGGACUCCUCUUUGGGGAGGAUAGCGCAGUCUUUGAAGAACUUGGAGGAAUUAGAACUGGGAGGGUGUUGUAAUGUGACGGAUACAGGAUUGUUGUUGAUAGCGUGGGGACUGAGGAAAUUAAGGAGGUUGAACCUCAGGUCGUGUUGGCAUGUUAAUGAUGACGGUAUAGCUCAUCUCUGCGGCGGCGGGGAGGCGAGAGGGACUCCGGAAUUAGAGCAUUUAGGGCUCCAAGACUGUCAGCGGCUUACAGACGAGGCGUUAAAACAUGCUGCGACCGGUCUACCUAAACUGAAGUCUAUCAAUCUAUCUUUCUGUGUAGCUGUAACCGACGCCGGGCUCCGACACCUAGCUAGAUUACCUCAUUUAGAGGACGUUAAUCUUAGAGCAUGCGACGGAGUUUCAGACGCUGGAGUCGCACAUCUAGCUGAAAGCGGCAGAUUAAGAGCUCUAGACGUAUCUUUCUGCGACAAAGUCGGUGACGAAGCCCUAUCACACGCGACCCUCGGCCUAUCAGGUUUAAGAUGUUUAUCAUUGAGCGCCUGUCGCCUUACCGACGAGGGUCUAGAAAGAGUGGCUAGGUUAUCACAAUUAGAGACACUUAAUAUAGGCCAAUGUACCCGAGUUACUGAUCGUGGACUUAGAGCUUUGGGCGACGGUCUUAGAAAUCUAAAAGCGAUAGACCUAUAUGGAUGUACUUGCAUCACACCACAAGGCCUGGAUCAUAUAGUCAAACUUCCUAGGCUAAGUGUUUUAAACCUCGGCCUGUGGCAUGUGCGGUGA